UCUGUGUGACGUUCAUCCAACUACUGCUUUCAUUUUGUCCUUUAAAAUCCAUAGGAAUAUCGUUGAUAUCGAUUAGUUGUCUAGUAUCAUAAGUUACAGUUAGUUGUUAGGCGUUGCACAAGUCAGUUAAGUCAGCUAAAGUUCACAGUGACACUUGUGACUUAGCUGUGGUGUGGCAUUUAAUUAAUUUUUUUUUAGGUAAAACAUUUAGGCAAUUCUUAGUGGACUAGCUAUUGCUAGUUAUUAGUUAAAGUACAUAGUUAUGUUAACAAAAAGUACCUUUUAAAAUUAGCAUUGAAAAUUGAAUGAUUCAGGAAGUAAUCGGCCCUACCAAGGUCUUAUGGCAUUACGGCCAACUAUAGUGUGCUAUAUAUGUGGAAGAGAAUUUGGUUCAAAAUCAAUUUCCAUUCAUGAAACUCAGUGUUUAAAAAAGUGGAACAUUGAAAAUGAAAAACUCCCACAAGGUCAACGAAGACAACCUCCAAUUAAGCCUCAACUCUUACCAGCUAUUGGUAAAUCAGGAGGGAAAUCUGAAAAUGAACGAUUCAAUGAACUGGCAUGGCAAGCUGCCCAGGCUAAUCUUGUAGAGUGUGAUCAUUGUGGACGAACUUUUCAACCAGAUCGUUUAAGUGUUCAUCAGCGGAGCUGUAAGCCUGGUAAGCCUCUAAAGCCACUACGUCAGAAUAAUAAUAAUAAUGAUACAAAUAUAAAAAGUGAAUCCAAGAGACCUGGCACAGCAGUCUUGACAUCACCUAUUAUACUUAAACAAGAUGAUAUAGUUGAUAAUGGGACCACAGAAGUAGCCAGUUCAACUGCUUCCACGCCAUCACAAAGUAGCCGCCAAAAGAGUGGAAAAUAUUCUAAUAGACCCAUUAGUGCAAAAGGAAGAACAAGACCAAAUCUCUCAAUUUCUAAUAACCAGCUAUCUAUAAACGGACAGUCGAGUCAAGGGAAUCCUACAGACAAUAUGAAUAGACAGAGCACUUUCACAUCACCAUUGCAGAAAGGGCCACCCAAAGCUAAACGAGGUCCUCCAGGAUCUAACUUUGUAUUUUGCUAUAUAUGUGGAAGACAAUUUACUACUGCUUCAAUUGGUAUUCAUGAGCCACAGUGCUUGGAGAAAUGGAAAAUUGAAAAUGAUAAGCUUCCCAAAGAACACAGGAGGCCAUUACCCAAAAAGCCUGAAAUUCUAAAAGCUGGUGGUGCAUAUGAUGUGCAGGCUGCAAAUGAAGCAGCUUGGCAAGCUUCACAGGCCAAUCUCGUACCAUGCCCUAAUUGUGCAAGGACAUUUAAUCCAGACCGCCUGGCUGUUCAUCUUAGAGCAUGCAAACCAAAAUCUGGCACCACAGGGACCAAUCAGAGUACAAACAAUUCAAACUCUGGAAAAACUGCAAUGGAAUCUACAACUAAGUUAAAAGAAAAAAACCGGGAUGAAUCUCCUCAAAGAGGACCAAGGACAGUUAUUUGUUAUAUAUGUGGCCGGGAAUUUGGAACCAAGUCAAUUUCUAUUCAUGAGCCUCAAUGCCUGGAUAAAUGGAAGACUCAGAACGCUCAGUUGCCAAAAGAAAUGCGCCGCCCCAUACCCCGCAAACCUCAGACAAUAUCUGGUGGUCAAAUGACACGGGAACAGAUGAAUGAAGCAGCUUGGGAAGCUUCUAAAGCACAACUUGUGCCCUGUGGAAAUUGUGGCAGAAAAUUUGCACCUGAUAGACUGGUUGUGCAUCAGAGAGCUUGCAAGCCUAAAGGGGGUAGCAGUGAAACUGCACCUGCACCUCCAGCAGUUGUUAGACGACCACCUACUAUUAUUUGUUAUAUAUGUGGAAGAGAAUUUGGUUCAAAAUCCAUCUCAAUACAUGAGCCACAGUGUUUACAGAAAUGGCAUGUUGAAAAUGAUAAACUCCCAAAGAAUAUGAGACGUCCUGAACCUCGUAAACCUGAAGUUCGAACUCUUGCAGGGAAUAAAAGUGGGACGUAUGACGUAGAUGCAGUAAAUGAGGCAGCAUGGCAGAGUGCCCAGGCAAACCUCUGUCCUUGUGAAAACUGUGGAAGAACCUUCCUUCCAGACAGAUUAAUUGUUCAUCAAAGAAGCUGUAGACCAAAGCCGCCUAAAGUUGAAAACUAGUUUCAAUUCAGCAAGUGAUGCUGGUUUUGUACAACCUACUUCAUGUUAAUUACUUCUUGAUAGUAAUUUAUUUAAUCACAAAUGUAAACAACAAAGUAGAAUAUCUAGUUAGAUCAUUUGUUAACACUAUAUGUAUCUGUUUCACAAUCCACAUUACAUUUAAAUUGUUCUUUUAAUACAAAUUCCAUUUUACUAGAACCAAAGACAGAAAAUCGCUUUUUUUGGGCUCAAUUGUUUAUUAUAUCAAAGCUGAUUUCAGGGCUGUUAAUAUACUUACACUGUAUAUAAAUAUUUUAUAUCAGCUGUAAGUUAUAGCUGAUUUAUCAACUUUAUUAAAGCAUUGUAUGAAACCUUACCUGACAUAAGAAAUUCACUGCUAAAUUGUAAACUUCUCUGCUCAAAGAGUAAUAAGGACAAUGACAUUUAUUCAUAACUUGCUAUUAAUUGAUUAUUUAAUGUUUAUUUAUAUAAAAAUAUUUGAGACUCUUGGUACAUGAUCCAAGUUAAUAAACCCCAAUCCAAGCAUAUGUAUGUGAUUGUUUUAAUAAAAGUGAUAUUUAAUACAUAUUGUUGUGAGUUGACUUUAAUUACCUCAUACUUUAAAUUUAAGAAAUAAAUCAAAUUUUACUGCGCUGAUCAAUUUAGUCCUUUAUGCUGAGUUACAGUAAGAUCUAUGGAUGCUGGUCAGUGCUUUGGUUCUUCAUCUGGAGUUUAAACUUAAGACUUUGUUUAUAUACCAGUGAUAUAUCAUAGACUCCCGCUAACAAAACCAGAUUAUGAUUUAAAACAUUUUAUAUUUGUACACUGAUCUAUAAUAAAAAUGUGUAUAUUUAUUAUAUUUUAAUCAAUUUAAUAUUUAGAUGACUUUAGCAAACUGUUAAAUUGUAUUUUUGUUAUUAACUGUUGUGAUGUGACAGAAACUGUAUACUUCUUGUCCUUUUUUAUCAUAUUUUGAGCACUUAUUUAGACAACUGUCACUGUAUUUUAAUUUAGUAGUAUGCCAAUGCCAAUAUUUUAUUUAUCAAAGAAUAUAAAAUAUCUGUAAAGUACUUUGUGGAAAUUUAACAGUAAAAUUGUUAUGAGUUUCAAUAAAUAUUAAGAUAAAUUAACAGUCUUAAAAUGUGGGAUAAAGAUUAAAAUGUUUCAAACUGUAAAACCAGCUCUUGGAUUAAAUAAAACAAUUUAUU